CCCUCCCCUCCCUCUCUGUUUACACUCGCAGAGAGAGAGAGAGAGAGAGAGAGAGAGAGAGAGAGAGAGAGAAGAAAAACACAGACCCCCUUUUUUAACACAAAAAAUCCCCUUGUGAUGCAAUGACGUUAUAUGGAGAUCGCCUCUCUAAAGGCAGUGAGUGAGUCACUUUCAGAGCUGUAAACAGACUCGGUGCCAGCCACAAUAUAGGAAGGAGAGAAGAGUUCACAGUCGGGAGAGCGUUUGCAUGAGCCAGUGUGAAGUCAUCUCGGUUGGAAGAGUUGAGUAGGUGCAGAUGGUUUAAAUCGUGCGCCCGGAGAGAGAGAUUUUCGGGGAACCACCAGGAUAGCCCUCUUGCGCUUCGGCAGCAUUCAUUCGCUCACCCAUUGAAAUGGUUCGCCUCUCCGUCCCGCUCCGCGCUGCACCCACACUCGCCGAACGGAGGUACCGGAUUCCGGCUUCCCAACCGAGCAACUAACUCUCAGAUCUAAUGCAAUAUUCCCAAUCAGGUCCACGAUGACAGCGGGGAGAAGACCACUCAUGAUGCUCUUCCUGUGUCAAGUUCUGUUCGGCGGCUCGGCGGGGCUCAUCCCCGAGGUCGGCCGCAAGAAGUUCGCCGAGCAACGGGGCAGCUCGAAGGGGAGCAGCCCGCUGCAGACCGAGGGCAUGCUGCAGGAGUUUGAGAUGCGCCUACUCAACAUGUUCGGCCUCCGGCGGCGCCCUCAGCCCGGCAAGAACCCUGUCAUCCCGCAGUAUAUGGUGGAUCUGUACAAGCUGCACGUCGGCGAAGAGGCUCAUCGGCACGGAGGCGCUUCUGGCCUCUCCCAUUUCCCCGACAAACCGGCCAGCCGAGCCAACACAGUCAGGAGCUUCCACCACGAAGAACCAUUGGAAGAGUUGCCCGGAGCCAGGGGAGAGACGACACGCCGCUUCCUCUUUAAUUUGAACUCGAUCCCGAAGGAGGAGCUGGUCACCUCUGCGGAGCUGCGGAUCUACCGGGAGGAGGUGCGGGAGGCCUGCGCCAACGCCAGCGCCAGCGGCGGCGGCCACCACCGCAUCAACGUCUACGAGAUCCUCAAGCCGACGGCGCCCUCCGGCCACGACCCCAUCACCCGGCUGCUGGACACUAAGCUGGUGCGGCACAAUGCCAGCCGGUGGGAGAGCUUCGACGUCAGCCCGUCGGUGAUGAGGUGGACGGCGCAGGGCCAGCCCAACCACGGCUUCGUGGCCGAGGUCGUCCACUUGGACCAGCAGGGGUGCCGGCCCUCCAAGAGGCACGUCAGGGUGAGCCGCUCCUUGCACCGGGACGCGGAGAGCUGGCCCCGACUGCGGCCUUUGCUGGUAACGUUCAGCCACGAUGGCAAGGGGCACACCCUGGAGAAACGAGUGCGACGUCAGGCCAAGCACCACAAGCAGAAGAAGAGGCUCAAGUCCAGCUGCAGGCGACAUCCUUUAUAUGUGGAUUUCAACGACGUGGGGUGGAAUGACUGGAUAGUGGCACCCCCGGGAUAUCACGCUUUUUACUGUCAAGGGGAGUGCCCUUUCCCCCUGGCAGACCAUUUAAACUCUACCAACCAUGCCAUCGUGCAGACUCUGGUCAACUCAGUGAACGCAAACAUUCCCCGGGCUUGCUGUGUCCCCACUGACCUGAGCCCCAUCUCCAUGCUCUACCUCGACGAGCAGGACAAAGUGGUGCUGAAGAACUACCAGGACAUGGUGGUGGAGGGCUGUGGCUGCCGCUAAAGCGGGAGACUCUCAUCGCCGAGCGGAAAAAAUUUUAAAAAUCAAAAAAUUUUAAAAUAAAAAACCUUGACACUUUACUCUUUCCCAAUGAAGACGCUAUUUAUGUUUAAAAAAAAAAAAAGAUUAACAAAAUAGGAACAUCUAUUUUGAAAAUAUAUUUAUGUCUACUUUAAAAGAAAUUGGGAAAAUAAAUAUUUUAACCAGAGAAUUGUUCCUGUUAAAUGAUGUUUAAUUGUAUUUCAGAUGUACAUGUUUAUAUGGGUCUAACUCCCCCACAUAUGAAGUAUAAUGGUCAAAUUCUUAUUUUGUAUUUAUUGUUUAUUGUAACCACUUUUAGAAAAUAGCUAAUUUGUAUUUAUAUGUAAUCAAAGAUAAAUAUAGGGUCUGUACAUAAUUUGUCGAUCCACAUUUGUCUGAAGUACAUAUGGUUUGAAAGAAAACUGGCAGUGAAAAAAAACCUUUCUUCUCAGCUGGGGACAGGCGAAGUAAGGCUCUAAAAAUGCUUCCGAGCUUGUAGCGACACGAGUCCACUCAUUUCAAAGUGUUCUCUGACAUGUGGCACAUUAAAAUUUUUGGCAUAGCAAUCUUGAAAAGCUUACCGAUAAUAAGAUGAAGGGUUUAGGGGAUUGGAAUGCAUACAAGAGUAAUUGUAGCGAAAUCUAAAUAGCAAAACAGUGUAAAAUAACACAGGGGCUGCUCCUUGUAGUUUACAGGUGGGUAAAUUAGACAGAGGCCACAGGCAAAAUGGACCCGUUAUUCAACUUCGAGUGAGAUCAAGCAUAAAUACUUAGAGAGAGAGAGAGAGAAAAAAUCUUAAAGCCCACCUUUGAAAGGAAGAUAACCUACCAUCAGAAAGCUUCAAAAGCAAAUGCCAGCUCAGUUCAGUGGUAAUACUCAAGUCACUGAAGCAGUAAGCUGUGAGUUCAAGUACCUGUUCAGGUCUUGUGCACAUGGCUUAACCAUAUUUAGGCCCGUGCAUUAUCGCAGGCUUUGCCUCUCUGGUAUAGUCUUUAAACAGAGGUGUACCAGAUUCCUCAAGUGAUUGUCAAAGGUCCUGUAACUCUUUGAAGUAAAGCAUUCUAGACGACCGUUCCAAUGGUUUUCCACCCAAAAUUUCUUCCUCGACUAAAACGGAACGGCACGGAGGCGCAGCGGCAGAGUUGCCGCCUUACAGCGCCAGAGACCCAGGUUCGAACCUGGCUACGGGUGCUGUCGGUACGGAGUUUGCAUGUUCUCCCUGUGACCGCGUGCGUCUUCUCCGGCUGCUGCGGUUUCCUCCCACAUUCCAAAGACAUACGGGUUUGUAGAUGAAUUGGCUUUGGAAAGUUGUGAAAUUGUCCUUCGUGUGUGGGAUAGUGCGAGCUUCUGGGGUGACCACUAGUUGGCGUGGACUCUGUGGGCCGAAGGGCCUGUUUCUACACCCUAUCUCGAAAAUUGUCUUUAAGUCUUUAAGUCCAAAGCCUACGGCACAGAAUCGAUUGAAAAUUAAGUUUGCCUCUUCAGUAACAAUACUUGUGAGUCAAACAUAAUUAAUUGGGCAAGGAAUGCUUUGAGACAUCCCCAAAAUAUAGAAGUAAACUAUAGAAUACCACUGUAUCUGCAUUGAUUGAGCAAUGUCACGUUACUUACACAUGGAAGCCUUCUCCUGAAAUACACUCCCAUUGAAAGAAACGCCAGACCCACAGCCCAAUUAAACCAUCAUGUCGGAAGGAACUGCAGAUGCUGCUUUAAACCGAAGGCAGACGCAAAAAGCUGGAGUAACUCAAUGGGUCAGACAGCACCUCUGGUGAAAAGGAAUAGGUGACGUUUCGGGUAGAGACCCUUCUUCAGACAGGGUCUUGACCCAAAACGUCACCUAUUCCUUCUCUCCAGAGAUAACUUAUAUCUGACCCACUGAGUUACUCCAGCUUUUCGUGUCUGUCUUGGGUUGAAACCAUCAUUCCAUGGAAUCUCAUGGAAAUGCCUUAGUUUGUUCCCUGAACGGAUCUUAUUGAGAUAACUGGCAUUUGUUUAGGUCUGUGUUAUUUAUAAUAUGCCAUGCACGCUAAGCUAAUGACCGCAUUACAAUGAUUUAAACAGCUCAGAUGCUCCUUCUGUUUUAUAAAUGUGAAACAAUUUCUUGACCGCAAAUUGCUCCAUUAUUUAUACUGGAAAAUAAAGUAAGCUGGUCACAA